AUGAUCAGUAGCAGGCUUAGGAACGAAGUGAGAGACGCUUUAGGCGUUCUGGUUCUGUGCUGUAUAGUAGGCGGUGCGUGUGAUUUACACAGCAGCAGUAGAAAUGAAACCAGUGAGUCAUCGUCUUCGCUGAUAGCAGUUGGCCAAGAGGGUGAAAGUGGUCGGUCCGUCCUGACUUAUUAUGGACAAAUGUGGUUCCGCACGUGGCAAGCUCCGUUGAUAAUAGUCCUCACCGGGACGGCUGCAUUGACCAUGAUGUUGUUCUCUUUUGGUUCCAGUGGAAUUCAAGCUGCUGGCGACUACUACAAGAGCGGCCAACUGCACGACCAACAACAGCAGCCGGUUGUGAUUGAUGGUUAUGUUGAAAGUUAUGGCGAUCCACCGCAUCAUUCGUUUUGGGGCUAAUGGGGCUUGAGG